AUGGUUAGGAGCGUGCACAUAGACGCCGGGGUUGAGGCCUACGCACAGGGCUGCACCCGGCUCGGGUUCAUCCUGCAGGUGGGCUUCAUCCUGGGCCGGCCACAGCCUGGUGGCAAGGACCUGCUGCUGGCCCUCAUCCCCACCCCAGACUGCGAGGCGGGCCCCGCAGCGAGGCUGGAUGGCAAGACGCACAUCACCCUCGACGCCGACUGGGUGGUGGAGCACGCCCUGCAGCUGUCGCGCAUCCUGAUCGGAGGCAUCCACGUGCUGGGUAUGUUUGUGGUGGCCCCCGCGGCAGUGUUUGAGGCCAGCAGCACAAUCGUGACGGGGGUGCUGCGGGAUGUCCAGUCGGAGCUCAGAGGCUCCCAUGCCUCGCUCGUGCUGCACGCCGACGCGACCAGCGGAGCGCUCACGGCCAGGGAUGCGAGCGGGCCCGGCGCCCUGAAGCCCUGCGACCACCGCGUCUCCGCGCUGGCAGAGCAGAUGGUGACGCUGCAGACCCGGUACGCGCUGGACUGCCCCCUGCCCGGCCCCAUGCCGCCGCCGUAUAAGCCCGCCCGCCGUGCCGUGCUCGCCGACGUGGCGGCCCGGCUGGAGGGCGCGGUGCUGGCGACGUCGGAGGGGCGGCUGCUGCCCCCCGGCGCCGCCUCGCUGGCCGAGGCGGGCGCAGCGGCGGGACUGACCCCCGCCGGACCCUGGACCCUGGCCCUGCACGGGCCAGGUGGCGUGCGCGCGGGCGCGCCUGGAGUGGCCAGCCUACGAGGCGUGCUGGACGCACGCGCCUGUGUGGGCCGGAGGGAGGGCGUGGCGGCGGCGCGCGACGCGCUGGCGGCCGACGUGCGCGCGGGCGUGGCGGCGCGGCUGGCGCCCGAGGCGCGGGGGCGGGAGGGGGGCGAGGCCACGCUGGGCACGCUGCGCCGCGUGUUCCUGGCCCUGCCGGAGGGCCCGCUGGCGGUGGCCGAGGUGCUGCGCUUCGGGGAGGGGGAGGGCGUGGCCCUGGCCCGCCUCCAGGAGGUCCUGGGCGGCGCGGUGGUGGCCGAGGCCCUGGCCCUGGAUGCGCCGCUGGAGGUGACGCGGUACGUGCCGGGCCAGGCGCUGCGCGAGUCCAGGAACGAGUACGCCAUGAGGAACCUCAUCAUCGCCUCUGUCCUGCUCAUGAUCAUCUUCGUGCUCUACAUGACCUACUUCCAUGGCCGCUGA